AUGCGGCCCAAAUCCCGCAGCGACUUCACAGUCGCGAUUAUCUGCGCGCUGCCAAUCGAAGCCGAAGCCGUCGAGGAACUCUUCGACGAAACAUACGACACCCUGAGCCAGUUCUACGGCAAACAACAAGGCGACGACAACAUCUACACUACGGGACGCAUGGGCAAACACCAUGUCGUGCUGUGCUACAUGCCGGGAAUGGGCAAACGCAACGCGGCCAGCGUCGUCUCGAGCCUGAAAACGAGCUACACGCGCAUCGAGAUCGCGCUGGCCGUGGGCAUCUGCGGCGGCGUGCCGUUCCCACGAAACAAACCACCGAUCUUUAUCGGCGACGUGAUCGUCAGCGACGCGGUCAUCGAAUACGACUUCGGCCGGCAGCAUCCCGGUGGCUUUCAGCGGAAGAACGGAGUGAAGGAGACGCUGGGUCAGCCGAAUCGGGAGAUUCGGUCGUUCCUGCUUGGGCUACGGACGAAGCGGACACGGGGCGAAUUCCGGGAUCGUGUGGUAGGGUAUGUGCAAGGUCUCCAGCUGCGCGAUCAGAAGUGGGUGUAUCCCGGGAAAACGCUGGAUGUGCUCUGUGAGCCGUCUCAUCGGCACAAGCAUCAUGAACCGGGCGGGCGGAGGACGUGCUCCUGCAUGAGGAAGGACUCGGCGAAUUCGGUGUGUACGGAGGCACUUGAGACGGAUUGCACUGUCCUUGGGUGUGUGGGGGCUGGUGUCAGCCACGACCGUCCUGAUGGAGAGGAUACACGGCCUUCGGUCCAUAUUGGCACAAUUGCGUCUGCGGACAUGGUAAUGAGAUCCGGGCAGCAUCGUGAUCGAAUGGCACAUGAGGAAGAUGUUGUCGGGUUUGAUAUGGAGGGAGCGGGUAUAUGGGACAAUAUCUCGUGUCUUGUCAUCAAGGGUGUCAGUGACUAUGCGGACAGCCACAAAGACAAACGAUGGCAGGCGUAUGCGGCGGCUGCGGGAGCCGCAGGAGCGAAGACCUUCCUGGAGUAUUGGCGACCUGCUUUCAGAGAUCUGAUGACGAGCUCUUGUUGGCUGGUCCCAUUCGCCAGAAACCCUCGAUUCACGGGUCGGCGUGAGGAAGUUAAGAACCUAGAGGAUAUGAUUUUCAAAGUCCAUGGUCCUCGAAAAAUUGCUAUCGCUGGACUAGGCGGCAUUGGAAAGACCCAGAUUGCUUUGGAACUCGCCUAUCGUGUCCGAGAUCGAGACAGUCAAUACUCGGUGUUCUGGGUCCCUUGUACCAGUAUCGCCACUGUGGAACAGGCAUAUAUGAGCAUUGCACAGAUGCUGGGUGUCCAUGGGACUAGUCCGAGUGAGACGAAAGAAAGAUUGAAGCUCUACCUGAGUCAACCAAUUGCCGGCAAAUGGGUGCUGAUCUUCGACAACGCCGACGAGAGCGAUAUGUGGCUCCCGGGACGAGGACUGCGGGAGUUAAUUCCCCAAAGCGAGCACGGCAGAGUCAUAUUCACUUCACGCAACGAAAAGUUGGCGGUGACCUUGGCCUCGCCCCAUAUUGUCCAGCUUUCCGGACUGGACGAGCGGACUGCUACGAGCAUCCUCAACGAGUCUCUUGUGCAGAAGCAAUUGCUGAAUGACCGCAAGGCAACGGUCGAUUUACUAUCUCAGUUGGCGUUCCUCCCACUGGCCAUUGUGCAGGCAGCGAACUAUAUCAACGAGAACAGCAUAAGUCUGGGUGACUACCUGGAGCUCCUUCAAGAACACGAGUCGGAGGUUGUUACACUCCUCAGCGAGAGCUUUGGGGACGAUUGGCGCUAUCAGGAUAUGCAAAACCCCGUUGCCACCACCUGGCUUAUAUCUUUCCAACAGAUUCAACGCAUGGAUCCGUUAGCCGCAGAGUACCUGUCAGUUAUGGGAUGUCUACAUCCGCGCGAUAUUCCCCAGAGUCUGCUUCCCGCGGCGCCGUCCAAGAAGCGAGAGCUCGAAGCUAUUGGUCUCCUCAAAGCGUAUUCGUUUAUUAGUGUCAGUGAUCGGUCUGACGAUGCAUGCUUCAACCUCCAUCGACUGGUCUACCUGGCGAUUCGGAACUGGUUGAGGUUGAAUCAGCAAAUGGAGCCGUACAUCUUCAGAACGGCAGGCAUUUUAGCGGAAAGGUUUCCGACUUACGCUGCAGCUAAUCGACCGUUAUGGCGACAGUACUUGCCUCACGCCCUAUCGCUGAUUGGUGAAAAAGACUUCCGAGAAAAGCGGCAGUGGUUUCUUCUGCUAUUGCAGAACAUCGGACAGUGUCUCUUCAGUGACGGAAGAUACAAUGAAGCUGAAGCAAUUCUUUACGAUUUAAUGACCAUUUCCACAGAUCUGUGGGGGGUUGAACAUCCAUAUACAAUCUUGAUUAUGUCGUGGGUCUCCUGUGUAUACCAAUUUCAGCGGCGCACGAGUGAGGCGGAACAGCUGCAGAUGCAUAGUUUGGAAACCUUGAAACGAGCGCUGGGACCGGAACAUCUGGAGACCAUAGCGUGCCUAGGCCGUCUGAAGGAAGCGGAAAAAAUGCAAAAGCAGGUGUUAGACAAAUAUAUCCAGGCCCUAGGACCGACGGAUCUAGGUACUUUAUACCAUAUGGCGGGCUUGGCAUUGGGACCCGAGAGCUGGGGUACUUUGGAAGCGAUGCUGAGUCUGGCAUUCGUUUACCAUUUUCAGGGUCGGGUGAGGAGGGCGGAAAAGCUGGUGAUUCGUGUCUUGAAGGCAAAACAGCAUGUAUUGGGGGAUGAACACCCGGAUAUCAUGAGGUGUUUGGGAGAAUUGGCAACUGUCCACCACAACCUGGGACGGUGGAAGAAAUCAGUAAAGCUGACGACUAAGGUGGUUGAGAUGAGCACGCGAUUACUCGGUCCCAGACAUCCACUCACUCUCUCCUAUCUGGAUAGCCUCGGGGUAAGCUAUGCAUGGAGGCACCGAUGGAUAGCAGCUGAGAGGCUGCACGUGGAGGUGAUGGAACUGCGGAAGCAAAUGCUGGGACCAGAGCACCCGGACACUCUCUACAGCAUGACAAAUGUCGCUUGGGUAUGGAGCGGAUUGUGCAGACAUGAUGAUGCAUUGGCGUUGAUGACGGAGUGUGUUCGGCUCCGGCGUCAGGUUUUGGGCCCUGAUCACCCAGAUACCAUUGCUUCCAUGCGGUACCUCCGACUUUAUGAAGCCAAGAGGUUACACCCCAAGCUUGUGAGAAUCCCCAUCGUGACAUAUUACUUCGUAAAGUGGAGUACCUACAGUAGCUGUAUCGCAGAUAUCCUCUGCGGAGUACUCCGCAGUUAA